AUGCUUCUUUCUCGCUUUCUUGUGCGCUCCCACACGACAUCUGCAGCUUAUGUAGCCGCCCCGCCGCCGUCUCUCCUCGCCAGAGCUUUCCACGCUUCGCUCCCUCGCCGUGCUAUCGACAUGGCGAAGGUCAACACCACCGAGCGGCUCGCUGAGCUCCGCAAGCUCAUGAAGGACCGCCAGCUGGAUGUCUAUAUGGUGCCCUCCGAAGACAGCCACCAGAGCGAGUACAUAGCGCCCUGUGAUGCCCGUCGAGCAUACAUAAGUGGCUUCACGGGCUCGGCGGGCUACGCGGUCAUUACGCACGAGAAGGCGGCGCUUGCGACUGACGGGCGGUACUUCAACCAGGCCGAGAAACAGCUGGACGGCAACUGGGAGUUGCUGAAACAGGGCCUGCAGGACGUGCCAACAAUCCAAGAGUGGACCGCAGACCAGGUUGAGGGCGGCAAAGUCGUCGGCGUGGAUCCGAGCGUUGUGACGGCAGCAGAUGCCCGAAAGCUUGCCGACAAGAUCAAGAAGAAGGGCGGCGAGUACAAGGCGGUCAGCGAGAACCUUGUCGACCUGGUCUGGGGUCAGAAGAGGCCUGCUCGCCCGAGUGAGCAGGUGCGCGUGCAGCCGCUCGAAUACGCUGGGAAGAGCUUUGCGGACAAAAUCGAAGACAUUAGAAAAGAGCUUGAGAAGAAGAAGAGCUUGGGCUUCGUCGUGUCUAUGCUGGAUGAGAUCGCAUGGCUAUACAAUCUCCGCGGCAACGACAUCCCAUAUAACCCCGUUUUCUUCUCGUACGCUGUCGUUACUCCCACAACAGCUACGCUUUAUAUCGACGACAGCAAAUUGACGCCGGAGGCAAAGGAUCAUCUUGGAGAUAAAGUGACGAUUCGGCCGUACGACGCCAUCUUUGAAGACGUUGCUGCUCUCAGCGCCGAAUCUUUCGAGACCAACGGUGAGACGACGGAGAAAAAGAAAUUCUUGACCUCCACUCGAGCGUCGUGGGCCCUGAACAAAGCUCUCGGCGGUGAGGAACGCGUGGAUGAGGUCCGCAGUCCGAUCGCUGACGCGAAAGCGAUCAAGAAUGAAACGGAGCUUGAAGGCAUGCGAAAAUGCCACAUCCGCGACGGUGCAGCGCUGACAGAGUAUUUCGCAUGGCUGGAAGACCAGUUAAUCAACGAGGGUGCUUCGCUUGACGAGGUGGCCGGUGCUGACAAGCUCGAGUCCAUCCGCAAAAAGCACGAUCUCUUCAUGGGUCUCUCUUUCGACACGAUAUCUUCCACUGGACCGAAUGCGGCAGUCAUUCACUACAAACCGGAGCCUGGGGCCUGCUCUGUCAUCGACCCGAAGCAGAUCUAUCUAUGCGACUCUGGCGGACAGUAUCAGGAUGGCACAACGGACACUACGCGGACCAUGCAUUUUGGCGAGCCGACGGAGAUGGAGAAGAAGGCCUACACCCUCGUCCUCAAGGGAAACAUCGCGCUCGAGCGUGUAAGAUUCCCCAAGGGCACGACUGGGUUUGCCUUGGAUGCAAUGGCUCGACAGUUCCUUUGGGCGGAGGGACUAGAUUAUCGGCACGGCACCGGCCACGGCGUUGGCUCCUUCCUCAACGUGCAUGAGGGCCCCAUCGGCAUCGGCACCCGCGUCCAGUAUUCGGAAGUGUCGCUAUCGGUCGGCAAUGUCAUAUCAGACGAGCCCGGCUACUACGAGGACGGCAAAUUCGGCAUCCGCAUCGAAAACAUGGUCAUGGUCAGAGAGGUGGAAACCACGCACAAGUUUGGCGACAAGCCCUAUCUCGGCUUUGAGCGCGUUACCAUGACCCCGCACUGCAGAAAGCUCGUAGACAUGAGCUUGCUGACGGAGGAUGAGAAGACUUUCCUCAAUGAGUACCACCAGGAGGUGUUCGACAAGACGAGCAAGUUCUUCCAGAACGACUCGCUCACGAUGGCAUGGCUGAAGCGCGAGACGGCGCCCUAUUGAGGGAGUUCCUCGCAUGGCACGUGUACGCGCUUGCGGCGUUUGUAUCGCUUUCAUCGCUUUCGCUCGUUGUUAGCAUAGGUAGGGCAUUGCAUAUUGGAUUAGCAUACUCACGGUAUUGCACGGCCGUCAGCAGGGUGCUCGGCGUUAGCGCUUCCCCGAUUUCGCCCUCAGUAUAUACAACAGCAUGAUACCCUGUACAUCAGGCACACGCCCUGCGCUC